GCACGCGCGAUAGACUGCGGCGUGACACGCGUGUGGAGGAAGUGUAGUGACAGUUGAGUUGCCGCUGCGGCCCCUCACUCCACACAGACCCGGCUAAACUCAACUCUAUUUAUUCCUCAUAAAAAUGUCGUGGCUGUUCGGCCUGAAUAAGGGGCAGCCCGAAGUGCCUCCCGGUCUCCCGGCACAGCCUCCACCACCGCCGCCGCCCGCCGGAGGCUCCGGCGGCGGCGGAGGAGAUAAACCCAAGGACAAAUGGAGCAACUUCGAUCCUACCGGGCUGGAGCGUGCUGCUCAGGCGGCCAAGGAGCUCGACAAGUCCAGUAAGUGUCUGAGAGGGCAGGUGAGGAGGUUUCUCUGGAUUUAUGUUCUGACAUCAGUUCUGCAGGGGGGGAGACUCUCCAGCAUCCAGCUCCCUCUGGUUCCUCUGUGGUGGUCUCCGACUGCUGCUGCACUUUAGAUAAAGAGGCCCUCACUCACAACAGAAGUGCACAUAUAUGUAUUUAGCAUAAACUUAAUGAGUUCACCGAAUGAUCCGAGGACCAGCACUGUCCUGCCCUCACCUUCAUUCAAACUCAGUUAGGGUUCAAAGGUCAUUUGAGGUUACACCAUCCACUCUCCUCUUGUUUAACAUACCCCUCCAGUGGUUCCCCGUUUACUUUGAUCUUUCUCUUAUAUAUGAUUUUAUUUUUUUCACAAAUACUUUGAGGUAGAAUGGUAAAGUGAGAAGUGACAUAGCCAUCAUGUGUUUUCCUUUUCCUCUCUCCUUGUUGCAGGACAUGCCAAAGAGGCUCUGGAUCUGGCUCGGAUGCAGGAACAGUCCACUCAGAUGGAGCAUCAGAGCAAAAUCAAGGUAACAAUGCUUCAGGAUCACACCAGAACUGCCACCUUACUGUUUUAAACAAUUUGAUACUGCUCAUCUUCUAUGUACACAAAUAUCAUAAUGAGUGUGUAUGCUUAGCAUUUGUGCUUUAAAGGGAUAUUCCGGCACAAAAUUAAUUUAGAGUCAAACACACUGUGACACCGGGUUAGACACCCCCUUGAGAGAUGAAUGUUGCUGACUGCUUGCUUCUCUAGUUAUACCAACUUUAGUAACGACCGCAGGAGAGCAAUACACAGUGGUCUGAGGAGCCAUAUACGUUUAAAAUUGUGUUGUAUUGUAUCUCGAUAAAAUAUACAAAAUUUUAGUCACCUUUUUUACAAAAAGCUGGAUAUGGAGAAGUCAGGGGAAAAUUAAACAUAUUUCCAUUGUCACCAAAUGCAAGCAUGUAAAUUAGAUAUUGUGCCUGAGACUGUCUUUGCCAACCAAGCUGAUAAUGUAGUUGCAGUAGACUCAGGUGAUCACUAGAGUUUUGACCAAUGAGUUUAAGAUUUUUUUUACAUCUUCUCCUUUAACAGGAAUAUGAAGCAGCAGUGGAACAACUCAAAGGUGAUCAGAUACGAGUCCAAGGAGAGGAAAGGAGGAAGACACUGAAUGAGGAGACCAAGCAGCAUCAAGCGGUGAGGAGGGAAAUUCUUUCUUUCUAAGGUUUUCAAAGGUGAUGACCAGUCAGAGGCUUGUUACAGAGAGUGAAUUUUCUGUCCCUUUGCAGAGAGCUCAGUAUCAAGACAAGCUUGCCAGACAAAGAUAUGAGGACCAACUGCGGCAACAGGUGGAGGAAUUUUGAACAUAUUUAGUAUCAAUAAAAUACGUAGAAAAUAGACUUGGCAGCAAAUGGUGACCAUGAAUAUUUUCAACAGCAAGCCCUGAAUGAGGAGAACCUCCGCAAACAGGAGGAGUCUGUACAGAAACAGGAGGCCAUGAGAAAAGGUAAGAAGAUGUACAGCUGGUGACAAGAUUAUGACUGGGAGACAUCACAGUUGUUUGCUCAUAUUUUUGUCCUGUUGCUGGUUUUUACAGCCACAAUAGAGCACGAGAUGGAGCUGAGGCACAAGAACGAACUCCUGCGUAUACAGGCAGAGUCUAAAGCACGGGCCAGUGUGGAGAGAGAGAAUGCUGAUAUUAUCCGUGAGCAGAUCCGUCUGAAGGCUGCAGAGCACAGACAGACUGUCUUGGAGUCUAUAAAGUAAGAUUCACAAACAGCUGUUAUGAUAGUGAGGUUUAAAAAACAGAACAGACCUAAAGUGGACAGCUUCUUUGAGCUUGCCCCUUUCCUUCUUCUGUAAAUAGUAGAUGACUUUUUGGCACAUGACAACUGAAAUAAUUCUUAGAGCUCUCUUUGGCUCUCUAGUAAUUUGAACUAAUCAUUUCACAAAUACCUUGGAACAGCUGACACAGUGCUAAUGUUUCAAACAGGGAUGGUCACUUUUGCAUGUUAUCUCGCCAUAUAAUCAGAUACAUCUUGUAAACGGCCAGAAGGCGUUGUGACAGUUGACUGGUGUUUGUUUUUAGGACUGCAGGUGCUGUGUUUGGAGAAGGAUUCAGAGCCUUUGUGUCUGACUGGGACAAAGUCACAGCAACGGUGAGACAUCUCUUUCAAUCCACAGUUAGAUUAGUCAGCACUAGCCCUGAAACAGAGAAAACAAACACAAACAUUUACUGACUACAGCUAUGCAACUGUUUAGUGGUGAUCAUGAGAUGGGUUUUAGAUAAGUGUUUUCUCAUGAUCCUGCCCGUGAACAGUAAAAGGAUGUGGUGUUAAACUACUGUUGAAUUACUCCACCAGGUGGCAGGACUGACCCUUUUAGCUGUGGGGGUUUACUCUGCCCGAAACGCAACAGCGGUGGCGGGACGUUACAUCGAGGCUAGGCUUGGGAAGCCCUCACUGGUGCGGGAAACAUCCCGAUUUACUGUGGGAGAGGCGAUAAAGCAUCCAGUCAAGGUAACUGAGUUGCAUCUGAACCGCUCUGUUUUUGUUAACUGCAGGUCUCUGUAUGCUAAUCGUACUGUUUUGGUCCCUCCUCUUCCUCAGACAGUUAAACGGCUGAAGAGCAAACCUCAGGAUGCCCUCGAGGGAGUUGUGCUCAGUGUAAGUAGAAAAUCUGUAUGAAAGUUGUGUUCUUGGUUUAAGGAUAAGUAUAAGAGCAUGUACUUUCUACCUCUUAGCCUUCUCUGGAGGAGCGUGUGCGUGACAUUGCCAUAGCAACAAGAAACACAAGGCAGAACAACGGCCUGUACAGGAACAUCCUAAUGUAUGGCCCCCCAGGCACAGGCAAAACUCUCUUUGCUAAGGUAAAGCUGCAGGCUAAACAAAACAGGUUUAAACACAUGAAAAGUGAUCAUUUGUCUUAACCGUGAGGUUUGUCUCCUUUUUAACCAUGUAGAAGUUGGCAAUGCAUUCUGGGAUGGAUUAUGCAAUUAUGACUGGUGGGGAUGUGGCACCCAUGGGCCGUGAUGGCGUGACAGCCAUGCACAAAGUGUUUGACUGGGCCAACACAAAUCGACGCGGGUGGGUGUCUUGAUUUAAGGAAGACUGUAGGGUUCGCCACAUAUAAACUGUCAACAUAUAAAGUAAAUAUGUUUCAUCCUGUUGCAGACUCCUGCUUUUUGUCGAUGAAGCUGAUGCAUUCCUUCGCAAGAGAGCCACUGUAAGUCUGCAUGUAUUUUUAUUUUCCAGUAGUCUCAGAGGCUUUUGUCCCUGUUUAUCUAAUAUUAUUGCUUCUUUUAUAGGAGAAGAUCAGUGAAGACCUCAGAGCGACUUUGAACGCGUUCUUGUAUCGCACGGGAGAACAGAGCAACAAGUAAAGAGCUCUUACCUAAACCUUUAAUGGGUCAUCUGGCUAUGAUAAACUUGGCUUCAUCUCAGCAUGUCUCUUGAUUUGUUUUUUUUCCUCAUACAGGUUCAUGAUGGUGUUGGCCAGUAACCAACCAGAGCAGUUUGACUGGGCCAUAAAUGACCGUAUAGAUGAAAUAGUGAAUUUUGCUUUGCCGGGCCCUGAGGAGAGAGAGAGGCUGGUGCGCUUGUACUUUGACAAAUAUGUGCUGGAACCUGCCACUGGAGGGAGGCAGUGAGUACAAUCCCCACAGCUGUUAAACAGGGCAUGAAGCCAAUUUACUAAGCAGGAAGGAUGCAUGCUCAAACGAAUUAUUAAGUUCAGUCCAGGAGAACGCAUGUCCAAUUGGGGUUUAGUUUAUUAUUGGGGCUUGCAUAAAUACAUGAUGCGGCAGCUGAAAGGCUCUGUGUUAGACCAGGAUUAGGAUGAAAUUCACUUAGAUAAGGGAAGGUGAAGAUUCAGUCUAAACUGUGGCUACACAAACAAGACUUGGGAAAAAAUUUCUUUGCUUUUGUUUCCCCUCAUCUGUCUGUUUUAUGUGUGUGUGUCUUUAAAUAGGAGGAUGAAGCUUGCACAGUUCGACUAUGGGAAGAAGUGCUCUGAGAUAGCAAAGCGGACAGAGGGCAUGUCAGGGCGAGAGAUCUCAAAGCUUGGUGUGGCCUGGCAGGUAACACAGAGUGACAAACUUAAAACAAACAAGCUUCAGCAUUCAUUUGGAUUUCACAAAUUGAACUCCAAUAAGCUUCAAAAUGUUCUAAAGUCAGCGUUGAGUGUGUUUACAUGAUUGCGUUCAUAAUUGGAUUACUGGGAAGAAUCAGGUAACAGUAAUAAGCUGUUACAUGUUGAUUUCUUUCCAAGAGGAUGCAAAGGGCUUGAAUAUUUCACUAUUACAGUUUCCUCUCAUUUAGGUCGGGACAGUAAUCAAAAUUGUAAUCACAUUAAUUAACAUUGAUCUGUGAAUGAAGAUGUCAGCUUCUACAACAGUUAAUCAAACAGUUCUGCUGAAGCGUAACCAACAUUAUGCUGUUCCAGUUUUUCUCCCCGGUGGAGUUGGGAUCUUCUUGGGUAAAGAGUCUUAGCCUUAAUGCUGCUGGUGACUGGAGUUCAGGCUCUUUUUGGUGAUUGAGAUCAAUUGGCUCAGCAAGAAUUUGCUCCUUCAGCUCCCAAACAGCCCAUCAUAGCACCAUUUUGGCUGACAGGAGCUGGCUCCUAGAGCCAAGUCUUUUACAACCAAAACAUACUCCCCAUCCAAGCAUAGAGAGGUUCUGUGUGCUCCAACAGUGCUGUGUUCCUGGAUUCAGGAAAGGCAAAAAUGAAAAUGUACCAGAAAACUGAAGUUAACAGAAGUUAAGGUUUUAAUAGUUGUUAUUCAAAUAACAUACCAAUGCAGAUUAUAAUGCAGAUUAUUAAUGAUAAGUGGAUGUGUGCACAGCUCUACAGAUUAAUAUUUCCUUCAUUUUGUUGAGCAUUUUUCAGCAUUGUUGUUGUUGCUGCAGUUGGCCAUGAUUUUUAUUUCUUACCCACUAUAUUCUCAUGCACUAUUACCGUACACAUGCACUGAUUUGAUGAUUUAUUGGGCAAAACCUAGGUAUGUUUGUCUGAAUUUUGAUAAUCUCAUAAUAGCUUUUAUCUGAUUUAUGCUGUUUACACAUUUAUCAAGUAACUCAGUUAAUGUGUGUGCAUGCAAAAGCACUUAACGUGGUUUGGCUCAUGUCCUCUUGUAGGCGGCAGCAUAUUCAUCUGAAGAUGGUGUUCUGACGGAGGCGAUGAUUGAUGCCCGAGUUGAUGAUGCUGUCAAGCAGCACCUUCAGAAAAUGGACUGGCUGCACGGGGACGAGGAGGCUCAGGGUAAGACCCUUACUCCUCCCCCAACUGGGGUGCCAAGUGGGGGUAAAAUGGGUUUUAAUCUGCCCCUCAGUGAGGCACCUCAGGCAGAGGAGGUGAUUGCUCCGGUCCUGGAGACAAAACAAGAAGAUGAAAGUAUAGCCCCUUCUCCUUCAGACAUCAACCCUUCAGCAGAAGGCAAAGGUGGUCAGGACUGUAAAGAAGCUCUUCCAACAGAAGACACUGCAACAACGGUGGAGAGUUUAGACAAGCCUGCUGCUUCCACUUCAGAGGAAAAAGAAGACAAAACUCUAUCUUCUCCUCCAAAGGAUGGAACACCAGUUUGAUUUGUAAAUUGGUCAGCCUGAAAAAAAAAUAGUUAAACUUUAAUUUGUCUGUCAGUGUAUGUCUUAAAGUCUGUUGACCGGUCCAUGACAGAAGAUGUAAAUCAGUAAGCAGGUUGGAAGAAAUAAUUUAACUUUUCAAAACAGAGCAUCCGAGGAGAUAUCAUUCUAAUAUACAUUGUAUGAUCAUAGAAAUGUACUUAACAUGGAAACCAGACAGUGUGUAAUAACAGUAUGUAAGUGUUGCAUGCAGUGGAGUGUCCACUGCAAUAAUUAAAUGGAUGUUUUUGUAUGAAUUUUACUCCUGAUGUUUCUUACAAGGAUUUGGAGCAAAGUCUCUGAUAUGAUUGCACCAGUGGCUUUAAUAGUAGUGCUAUACACUGAAAUAAUCAAAGCCAGAUUAAAACUGAAAUGUAUUCAGA